GGCGCGGGGCUGAGAGCACCGGGGCGCAGUGUCCUCGGUGCUUCGCCGCUCGGCGAUCGACCUCCCUGCUGUGGGUCCGCGCCCUCUCCGUGGCGCUCCGCGGAUCCCCACCUCCCUGAGGGGAUGCUGCUAGACCCCUCGGCUUUGCGCAGCUGAUGCUCGUCACCAGCUUCCAGCGGCGCAGCCUGUGGUCUUGCGGCGCGCCCCGGGGCUUGCGCACCCGGUUGAGCCCGCAGUUGGUCUUCUCCGGUCCUCUCCGGCUAGUUCGAAGUGUCUUCGGCUCCAGGGCUUUGCGGUGGGGUGGUGGAGAGGCCGGUGUGGAGCUCUUGGGAGGUUGGGGCUGAUUCAUCUGGAAUCCCCGGCUGCGCUGUGAAAGCAUUCGGAAACUUUGCGCUGUUUUCGGUUUUGUCUCCCUUUGGGAAGCUGGACGGCACUUCGGCAGGCCCGGUCCCUGGCCAGGACCGCGUACUGGAGGUCAUGGAGUUUACCGCGUCGCCCAAACCCCAGCUCUCCUCCCGGGCCAACGCCUUCUCCAUCGCCGCGCUCAUGUCAAGCGGUGGCUCCAAGGAGAAGGAGGCGGCGGAGAACACCAUCAAACCCCUGGAACAAUUUGUGGAGAAGUCACCCUGUGCUCAGCCCCUAGGCGAGCUGACCAGCCUGGAUGCUCAUGGGGAGUUCGGAGGCAGCGGGGGCGGCAGCAGCCCACCGUCCUCCUCGCUGUGUACAGAGCCGCUGAUCCCCACCACCCCCAUCAUCCCCAGCGAGGAAAUGGCCAAAAUCGCCUGCAGCCUGGAAACCAAGGAGCUCUGGGACAAAUUCCACGAGCUGGGCACGGAAAUGAUCAUCACCAAGUCUGGCAGGAGGAUGUUCCCUACCAUCCGGGUGUCGUUUUCCGGCGUGGACCCUGAGGCCAAGUACAUAGUCCUGAUGGACAUCGUCCCCGUGGACAACAAGAGGUACCGCUACGCCUACCACCGGUCCUCCUGGCUGGUGGCUGGUAAGGCGGACCCACCGCUGCCGGCCAGGCUGUACGUGCACCCAGACUCUCCUUUCACGGGUGAGCAGCUCCUCAAACAGAUGGUGUCUUUCGAAAAGGUGAAACUCACCAACAACGAACUGGACCAACACGGCCACAUCAUUUUGAACUCGAUGCACAAGUACCAGCCCCGGGUGCACAUCAUUAAGAAGAAAGACCACACGGCCUCGUUGCUCAACCUGAAGUCAGAAGAAUUCCGAACAUUCAUCUUUCCAGAGACCGUUUUUACAGCAGUCACCGCCUAUCAGAAUCAACUGAUAACCAAGCUGAAAAUAGACAGCAACCCCUUUGCCAAAGGAUUUCGAGACUCCUCCAGGCUUACUGACAUUGAGAGGGAGAGCGUGGAGAGCCUGAUCCAGAAGCAUUCCUACGCCCGCUCGCCCAUCCGAACCUACGGAGAAGAGGACGUGCUGGGGGACGAGGUGCAGACGGCACCGAGCAGAGGGUCAGCCUUUACCACCUCCGAUAACCUGUCUCUCAGCUCCUGGGUGUCGUCUUCGUCCAGUUUCCCCGGAUUCCAGCACCCACAGUCCCUGACUGCUCUCGGUACCAGCACAGCUUCCAUCGCAACCCCCAUCCCUCACCCCAUCCAGGGCUCUCUGCCGCCAUACAGCCGACUGGGGAUGCCUCUGACGCCCUCCGCCAUCGCCAGCCCCAUGCAGGGCAGCGGCCCGACCUUCCCGUCCUUCCACAUGGCCCGGUACCAUCACUACUUUCAGCAGGGGCCCUACGCAGCCAUCCAAGGACUGCGCCACUCCUCCGCCGUGAUGACGCCGUUUGUAUGACUCUUGUAAAAUCAGGAGACUCCAAUCCAGAAUGUGCAAGUGGGUAUGGAAACAUAGGGUGGCGCUGGGUGGGUGGGAUGUGGGGCGUUGGAGCGAGGGCUCUGCAGGAGAUGUGGGAUCUGAGAUCGAGGAGACCUGGACUCACAGGGAAGCCUGCUGCGGAGAGCAUGCACCAUGGACCAGGAUGCAUCUGGAGUUGUGGGUGGCUCUUGGGUUCAAGAAAGAAUCCAUGGAAAGGUCUGAGUCCCGCAACUAACAGGACAUCAAUGUACCCAGGAAGUUCAAUAACAUGAGGCAGAUGAAUCUUAAAGCGCAUUACUUCUUGAGGUUAAAAACGUUGUGUCGGUGCAGUAACGUAUCAAAAAAAAUCAGCGUGUGGGGGUUUUCUUCCUGCUUUCCGCAGGUUUAAAGAAUCUUCAAAGAGGCAAUACUACGUAACAUACCAACCGUAAUGCAUAAUGACUAACUUAAGUCCAUUUCUCCCUGUAGAAAACGAGAGCCAAUAGGGAAGUACUUGUAGUGCUGUAGCUUACGCAUGUUUAGUUCUCCUUUGUAUUGCUUUGCUGGGGGAGGAGCUGAGAUAAUGCUAAUGCAUCCUAUUCCGUGGCUGAACACUUGGUAAAGACUUCACGAGUUCUUUUGGUACUGUUGAAGGGCCAGUUCCUGCCGAGCUCUUUUUCACAGUCUUCCUUCUUCUCUUUCUUGCAAUCACUUGCCACGUAUGCAGGAAAAAUCUUCUCUAUACAGUGUUGCAGGAAGAGGCUGUAUGUGUUACAUGAUAAAACCAAGGGUUUAUUUUUCUGGGCUGUGUUCUCCAUCCACCGCUGGCGUGUCCACUGAGGCACAUUCUCGAGCCACUGCACAGGGGCACGCGGGGCUCGCUUCCACCCGCAGCUGCGGUAGAGAGGCGGCUGCCCAGUUCUGAGAGGCAUUUCCCAGCCAGGGGUGCCAAAGGCCCCUUCAUUUCUACUUCAGCUUUGGGAGACCUGCUGGAUGUUCAAGGGCACUAGGCCAAAUUCUCAUUUUUUGGAAAAUCUGCUUUGUUAGAUUAGCUGCCCCUGCCACUUGACAAGGAUUUGUGAACGACCCCUCUCGGUGCCCACACAGCCACGGUUGCAGCUGUGCUGCUCAUGAGGCACCGUAUGUCCACAUUCCCCAUUGUCCUUCUUUCUUCCUGUGACAUUCAGUGACUCCUUGACCAUUUUCUAGCCUAUUAUAUGAAAUGACACAUUAACUCAGUGACUCCCUGACCGAAACACUGCUUGUAAGUAAAUCUGAACAUUUACCCACUUAUUUUCAGCUUUUAGUCCCUUUAAUGGUGUAUGGUAAUUAAUUAUAUUUUUGUUAUAUAUAAUCUCUAUUAUUUGGGGGCAACACAGUAUAUGUAAACAUUUACUGCCAGGGUAGUACUUUGGUAUUCUGCAAGUUCAUUACCCUAACAACAGAAAUGUAAUGAGCCUUACAGUCCUUGGACUUUACAUAUAAUGCAGUCUAAUUGCAGCGAUAUAACCUGCCCUCUUCACAAAGCUCCCUCAAACGGUUUUAAUUUAAUUUAUAUGUUCUGUGUAAUACUUGUUUUACUCUGGCUGCAAAAAUAUUGAAUCUGUUAAAAGAGAUGGGAAGUACUGCUUCUGAGAGUAGAGGUGUAUUUCAGAGUAAAUGCAAUAUACUUAUCACAACAGACUCCACUGGGAUUUUAUUGGGUUGUUUUAAUGUUAGGCCUUUCCAUAUCAAAUGCCUUUCUUGGGCUUUUCCAGCUUACAAUACAAGGCAAAAUGGCGUCACCCGUCGAGGGGAUGCUGUGGUCCGACUUUGCCAUUGCCAUUGCCAUUCUGUGCUGUGUCCUGGGGGUUUCAUACGGAGAAGCGUGGGCUGCGUGAGCCCAGCAGCUCAAGGUCCUGUGGCAGAUGCUGCGGGCCCCUCUACAGCUUCUGGGAUGCUGGGCUGCAGCAGGCCCUGGUGGUCUUCCUUCGAACACAGCACAGACGUACAUUUCCUUUAAAAGGCAGUGAUGAGUAACGUUUAAAUAUCCAAAGAGCUUGGGAGAGGGAUGUAAUAUUUAAUCAUUGGCCUAUUGCCAGUGCUCCUUUUAAGACAGAGUGUGGCUGCUUAAAGUGGGGAUGACAAAAGUAGAUGCUGUUUCACGUGGUGCCAGUCGAUGCUCCGGGGAACCACUGGUGAACUAAAGUAAAUCCAACCUGAAUUUUCUUUUCAAUGAGAGUGACAGAAUCAUUUCGAUAUUUUGUUCCCAAUCAGUGUGACUCCAAAGGAGGGUGUGUUUUUUGGUAAAUAUGAUUUCACAUCAGCAUUUUCUGACUUCAUAGCUUUAUUUUGUAAUUAAGCAAUAAGUAGAGUGCUUAGAGAAAAGAUGAAGAUGUCAAAGCAUGCUAUUGGGAAAUCACACCUGAAAUUCUGAAUUGGAUAUAUUUUGAAGUAUGUGGCUUUAUUUGAACCAGAAAGAAAAAAGCACAACUGUGGAGCCCAACCCGAUGAGAGUCCCUGCCGCUGAGAGAACCGGGGUAGAAGUUACUCCCUCCCUGCACCCCCUACCCAGUCCUUAUGAGCUAUUCGGGUUGUUGAUUCUUACUUACUUAACUCCUUCAGUAUUUAAGAUUUAAAACUGUUAUGUCUGUCUUACCAAAAGUAAUUGCAACAACUAGAUAAUUAGCAAAAAAAAAAAGCCAAGUGAAUAAUAAAGAGCAUGAGUUAUAAUACAACAGGAAUAAAUUCAGGGUUUCCCCGACGUAUAUCACAGUAUCAGCAAGCAUGGCUAACACAUAGGGUGCUGAAAAGAGCCGCAGGCUCUGCCAGAAUAGCUUUGUUCAACCUGAAGAAAUGAAUUUGUAACUUAGCAGGGCCUAUGUGUGUGUUUUUUUACAAGCGUUUAUCAAUAAUUCUAAGUUCUAUUAUUUCUUUGACUUAGUAAAAUCUUCUCCCUUUCCUGCCCACCCUUAGCACUAUAAGGAUAAGUAUAUCCAGCUCGUGUGUAACAUAUCACAAAUGGGGAGGCAGCAAGGUCUACGUUAAUGAACCCAUAUGGCGUUGCUGGUCCUUCGGAGCGUGACAGUGCUCUGUGGUCCGGAAGGUCUACCACCAUUCCUGGUGGGUGGGCCCAGAGGAGGGGCAAUGAGGAAGCUUCCUGGUGACGGUUCUUCAUCUGGCAACACUCCUCUUCAUCUUCAACACUCCUAUGGUACGGGAGUCACACUGAUGUCUGGGGUGUUCCAGGGUUUCUCCUCUGCCAUUCUCACCCACAUCCCUGUCAUUGCACAACUCCCAUGCCCCUGAAAAGGAAAAAAAUAACUCAUAAAAGCCCAUGAAAUAAGUAUUCUUAGGAGUAACACAUCCUUAUCCCUUACUGCCUAUAAGUUUUUCAGCAGGAUGUUGGGAUAUUUAUCCCAAUUCUGAAUUUCACAUUCACUCUUUAGGCUGUGCUCCUGAUAUUUGAGCUGAACUAUCCUGAGAAAACGAGCCUCCAGUAAAGUGGGUGAAGUGACUACCACCCCAUUAAAUGCAUGGUCAAGUUUAGCCAUGACUCAGAAACUAAAGUUCACAAUUCAGUUAUGUCAUUUACAGGAUCCCUACUGUGAGGAAAACAGUAUUUUCACUCAGUCUUCCAUUCACUGAGUAAGGAAAGCUGUGUUCGUUGUUGAUCAUUAUCACAGGUUAAACAGUAUUACACCCUCAAUCUAGACUGCACAGGCAGCCGAUAAACCAGUGGACGGAAGAGCUUUGCAGAUGUUUUAGAGACUCACACUUGGAUAGACUAUGGAUUUUAAACAUUUCUAUAUUAUUUCAGAAUCCAAGGAUUUUAUGUAAAUGAGCAAAGGGAAGGUCAUAAUCUCUUAAACCUGAGAAAAUCAAUAUCCUUUCUUCACUGCUGUUCAUUCCAUUCCAUUUACCACAUAUUUCUCCAAUACUUAGCUUUCUUCAGCACGCUUCAAUGUGCAUAGGUUCAUUUAUAACUCUUUGAUAGGCACUAUUCCCAAAGCAUUUUCUGGCCCUUCUUUCUCUGUCCAAGCCUCAAAUACUUCUAAUUCCCUCCCCCAAUAAUAAAAUAAAAACAUGUUGGUGAGAUAAUACAUCUGGACAAAAAAUACAAUUUGUUGUAUUUUACUUCUGGUACAUUAAAAUACUGUAUUUAGUUGCUUUUUUUUCUUUUUAGUUUCAGAAACCUAAAAGAAGGUCUUUGAUUUCCUAAAGGAAAAAAAAACUAUAUUAGCCUUUUUAGUAGAUUCCAUCACGGUUCUGUUGUUUGCUGUGUUCAUUUGCUUAACAACCUGCGUGCGAGCAGUCACUGUAACGAAGUGUGUGUGUCGGGGGCUGGGGGAUGGGCAUGGGAAAUGUUUUAUGAAAAAAGAAGUUAUAAGCCUGAUACUAUGAAGUAACAUCUAACGAAGUUCUUUUUAAGUGCAAUAUAUUUAUUUCUGCUAGAAAUGUAUUAUCGACAUUAUGUAAUAUUUGAAGCAUUACCUGUUAUUUGUAAACAGCUUAAAAUUAUAUAUUACCCAAAAUUGUACAGAA